AUGACAACGCCUUCAAGAAGAACCAGCGGUCCGGUGCUCGCUUUCCGGCCAUCGAUCUCUCCCCGAGCCGGCGGCGGUGCCUCCUUCGCCUCGUCGUCGUCCAGCAUCACCGGCCGCUCCCGUAACUCCUUUUCCCAGCAACGAUCCGCCCAACCUCCGGCCCCUCCCGUCCGUUUCUCCCUCGACCGAUCCAUCUCCUAUGGCUGCUCCUUAAAGCGAUCCCCAGCCGCUCCCGCCCGCCGCACCUGUCUCUGCUCCCCAUCCACCCACCCUGGAUCCUUCCGCUGCAGCCUCCACAAGGGCCUCGACCACCAUAACCCCAGCCACGUCAUCGCCGCCGCUGCCGCUUCGCCCUCGAACAGGCUUAACGCCCGUAGGUCCGCGAUGGCCAACUCACUGGUCCGGAUCGGGGCCGUGGAGGGAGAGUGGGUGAAGCGCGCCCUCGCCGCCCUCAUCCGCCCCUCCUCCCAUCAGCAGCGGAGGCGAACCAACUUCCAACCCCGCCCCACCCGCCUCUCCCGGAUGUCCAAGGCCGUCCAACCCAUAAAUCUCGAAUCAGGUUCGUAG